UUGAAUCUGUCGCUGAUUUAUUGAGCAGAAUGGGCAUCAAUCAGUUCCUGGCCAUGCGAUAAUAAAUGCCAUUCAAAAUUUUAUUUUUUACUUAAAUUCUCGAGCACCUUUUGAUCCUUUGGAUGGAACAUGGAAACCAUGGAGAUAUCAGAGUUCAAGCUGCAAUGUGCCCCAGAUCUCCGCUGUGAGAACCAGUCCUCACGAAUGCCCCUCUGCCAUGUGUGUGAGAGGUGUGUGUUGGCCACCAAGCUCGCUGUCACCAAAGAACGGUUUAUAAGAGCCGGGCACAGCUCCCAAAGAAAGUUCCUAUUUGGGGUCAUCCGGAGGUUCAGGAGCCUGGAGCUGCUGCUUUAUAUGGAGAAAGUGCUGGAGCCUGCUCUGGGCAAGGACUUCACUUACAGCCGGUCCCGGAUCAACCCCAGCCUGGCACAGGACUUCAGUACCAGCAGCUCGGAUCGGGCACUCAACAAGCACCUGCUGCGCCAGUUUAUGACGGAAACCUGGGAAUGGUUCAGGAGCGGAUCUUAUUGGACCAAAGCGAACUAUGCCCUGCUUCUGCUGCAGAUGUGCGGCUCCCACCUCCUGCAAAGUGCUGCCAACUUAAUCCAUGUUCUCAUUGCCCAGGAGGGGCAGCAAGCAGGCACUCAAGAAUGGCAUGAGGAUAAGCUGAAGGAAUCCGGUAAAACACGGGACUGCACUCAAGAAGACGACCCAUCUCUUAUGGUGGUGCCUACUUCCUUCCAGUCAACAUCCGGCGUCAGGAAAUACAAGGACUUCAUUCGCUGCCUACCGGUGCAUCUCUCCAAAAAAAUUCUAGGAUACUUGAAGAAGAAGGAACUCUUUAGCUGUGUUUUUGUGUCUCAUCACUGGUGCUACCUGACCAAGGACCUUCUCCAGGACCUGGAUGCUGAGACACUUGUCAGGAACGAAGCUAUGAUCCUGCAGGGAACCUCAUAUAAGGGGGUCAGCAUUUCAUAUGCCAAAAUCCAACCAGUUCCGGUACCGAAAGUUGGUGAAGAUGGCAGCACUUUACCAAGACUUGAGAAGUACUACCAAGGGACAAAGGCCGGAGAUUGUCUGGAGGCAGUGUACGCAGAGGUGGAGACCGAAGCCGUGUCCCUGGAGGAGAGGAACCUGUUCUGUGGAUCCUACAAUGUCCUCAUUCUCACAGGACAAGGUGACCCCCACAGAGUGAUCCAUUUUGAUGGGGGGCGGUUGGUGGCUGUUGGCUCGAGAGAUCGCAAGGUUAAGCUAUACGACAUGGCAGACAUGGCGCAGAUCCCACCGCUGAUUCAAGGGCACGCCGGGAGCAUCCGUGUGGUGCGGCUGUGUGAGGAAAGAGGCUUCGUUUUCAGCGGAGGGUUUGAUCUAAGUAUAAGGCAGUGGGAUCUGCACAGCGGAGUGUGCCUCAGGAUCUAUCACGGACACAUGAAGACCAUAACAUGCCUGGACGUACAAGACGACGUGCUGGUUUCUGGAGCUAAAGACGGACUGGUAAAAGUGUGGGACAUCACUACCGGGAAAUGUCUGCGGACAUUUAAACAUAAGGAACCGGUUCUGGCUGUAAAAAUGAGGGGCCAGUUAGUGGUGAGCGGCUGUGAGAAGGGUCUGGUCAAAAUCUGGCACACCGAAUCUGCUGCAUUACUCAAGACGUUACCAGGGCACCAGGCAGCUAUAAAAUGCCUGUCUUUUGACCGGUGGCACUUGGUAUCAGGGAGUUCAGAUGGAUACGCCAUUGCCUGGAGCAUGAUGGGAACGUUUCAGAAACGAUUAAUGACCUUCAGGCAUCCAAAGGAGGUGAUGUGUCUGGAGCUGCUCUACCUCAGGGUCAUUACAGGAUGCGCUGACGGCAAAAUCCGGGUAUUUAAUUUCCUGAAUGGAGACUGCCUCCGAGUGAUGAGAGCCAAUAGCCGGGCCGACCCGGUGGCUGCACUGUGUAUUCAUGACAACAGGAUGGUGAUCAAUGUACUGACGAGCAUCAUGAUCUUCCAGUUUGAGGAGGUCUCAUGGGAUUACUCACAAGCUUCAGAACGAGUGCAUGUCCUGAAAGAAAGGCAGCGGUUCCAAGAAGCCCCCUUCAGGGUGAGACCGUACAGCUACGUGCGUGCUCAGAGAAUGAAACGCGUUGGUUCCAGCAAUAGGAAAAUCUACCAGCAGGAAGAAGAUGACAAUGAUCAGAGGACAAAGAGCCAGCUGUCCCACCAUGCUCGAAGCCUGUCUGCAAGAAGUAUGAAGAGAGCACAUGAUUUACAUAUGGACUCCUUAAAACCAGCUACUUGGCCAGAAUUAAGAAAUUAUCGCAGAAGCUUUGCAUACAUUGAUCUGCAACCGGAAUUUUACAAAAAGCCUCCAUCUGCAUGCAGACCCCGCACAACGAGUCCAGAGCUACGUAGUAGAACAGGUUCUGCCUUAAAGAAAAAGGAUGAUUCUGAUGACGAAUCAGGCUACGGAUCUCCAGGUCGAAAAUCUGCUCUUUCCAUAAGUGAGAGCACAGCACUGCAACGGAUGAAGCAGCGUGGACCCCACACACCCAUGAGCCCCAAUCAAAUCCUUCUAAAAGUCAGUACUAUCCAGAAUUUACAGAAGGCAGAUGUAAUUAGAUCGAAUAUGGAGUACAACUCCAGGAUCCGUGACACAUGGGGGGUUACACUAGCUGGUGAUGAACAAAAGACAUUCAUCUCGCCUUUCCUCCAAACGGAAAGCCAGAACCUUGACCCUGUGACUCUUCUCCAGCACUUAAAGUCUUCUGCUGUUCCUGUAGACAUGAGGACAGUCUUAACGGCCUUCCAGAUAAGAAAAGUGGGGCUGAAGAUGAAGGAGUCAUUGCACAGUCCAAAGGUUCAUUCCACUAUCCCAUGUCCUAUUAUUAUUCGCCCACAGACAAGCUGUGAUUACCGGAAGAAAGAAAAACACAAUGGCGUCCUUAGAAGAUCGACAUCGGCCCUUGAUGCCGGCGUGAAGCAGAUUGGCCUCUACUCAAGCUGCCAGUCGGUUCAGCCCAUGCGGAUGAUCAUGGGACAAAAUAUCAAAAUAAGUAUCCCAAAAUGGAAGGCGCCAGAGCAGGUUGUGAACAUCGACCCCUACAGAGAACGCAGCUCCUUCCAACUCCUUACCAUGAAGCAACUGAAGGAAUUUCAAAUGCAAAAGACGACACAGCAGAAAGAAGAGGACGCUCAUGUGCAGGCCACAAAGAGCAAAGAAAGCAAGAAGGCAUGGCUGAAGAAGAUUAAAGGGAAAAAUAUAGAUGAUUUCACCAAAGCUGGAAAGAUUGCUGCGCCGGAGUUCGGGCCGGAUGUGUUUCUAUAAUCAGGGAUCAAUAAGCAAAUCCACUGCACAGUACAAACCAAAGCCCACUAUUGUUUUGUGAAGGAAACUUUAAUUAUUUUACUGCAUACAUGAUAACAUAAACUUUGCUGAGGAUUUCUUGUGGACUUGGUUUUAUUUGCAGAUUUAACCACAUGCAAUAUAAAGGGUAAAAUCCACAGUGGAUAUCAACAGCAGGUCAAUUUAUGCUGCAGAUUAUUUCACUCUCAUUCUCAUCCACUUUGCUGGUACCGUAAAAUGCUGCAGGUUCGGCAAAUGCAAAUCCGCAGGGUUAAUCCAUGUUUGAACGUACCUUUAGGGGCUAAGUUUGUUGCGAAUUUGAGCUACUGCAUAGCAAAGGUGGAAAUUCACAGUAUAUACUGGCAUGUUACAGUUUUAAAAUCCGCUCCGCAGGUCGAUCUGUGCUGCCGCCCGCAAGUCCACGGCUGCUGCAAUCCACGUUUCCUUCCCAUGGGACAGCAUUUAACAAAU